CCGAAGUGCUACACGACGAGCCCGUCGCUCGUCGUGGGUACAUCACGCAGCAAUAGCGCCCUGUCGGAUGCACCCAAGAGCAUAUCCGACAUGUACAUCGCCAAUGCAAUGCCCAGCGACGCGAUUGGCGUACGAUCCAACAUGACCGACGCGUCUGACACCAUCGUCAAGACAUCCUCGUCUCGUAUGGCGAGCACCUCACUCACCGUACACGGCGAGCCCAACGCUUGCGAUGUUGUCGCCAUCGACGUACCUCUGAGCACGUCGAUCGACUCAUCCGCAUUGACGUCUGCCACUGGUUCGACACCGCGAGAGGCAGACUCGUCUACACCUAUCAACACCGGUGACAAGGCUGCAGUCGACGCGUUCAGAAGCAUGUUGACUGCCUCCAUGUCAACGGAAUGUAAGUCUCCCGAGUCGACACUGGCCGUGUCGUCCGGCAUCAAGGAUCCGACUACGAUGGACGAGUGCUCAGCGAAGGACAGUACAUCCAACUCGAAGGAUGUACUGACUUCGUCGGCAGCCCCAUCCUCGAGUACUGUAACUCGUGCGCAAGACAAGCCGUAUCACUCGAGCUCGUACGAGCGGUACAGGCCCCCCGCACUACGUGAUCAAGCUCCGAUCCGUGCGCACAAAGAGUCGACCUCGGACGUGCGCGGUACAUCCCCCGUCAAGAUGCCGUCGCCGAGCACAGCGAGCUCGUCGACACCACGGCACACAUUAGCCUCGACAACACGCGAGGUUCGCGACAAGACCGCCCCGCGCGAGCACGACGGCGUGAAGGAAGGCAGUACACCCACUCUGUCGGAUGUACUGUCAUCCUCACGUCAGUCAGCCUCGUCGAAGACUAGGAAGCCGGGCAGGUCGUCCGACACUCAGACCAGCAAGUCGGUCAGCUUCGCGACGAACGAGAAGCUUGACAAGGCCAAUGAAGACGAGAAGGGCAGUACACCUGAGCCAGGUGUACUGACUUCUUCGCGAUCCACGGCCCGACCGACAUCAAGUACGAGUCAACGCGAUGGCCAAGACCUGCGCGGACGCACGUCCACCCUCGACGCACCCAUGUCGAGCCCCUACUUGUCGGAUACCCGCCGCACGCACGAGGAACCGACCUCGCGCGCGCGCACGACCUCGACCGCCAAGACCGCCAAGCGGGUCGCCGAGCAAUCGACGAGGCACAGUACGCCCGAGUCGCCGGACGUACUGACCUCAUCGUACUCGAUGGCCGAGCUGGAAUCAAAACGCCUGGCGCUCAUCGCCCGAUACUCGUCAGCUAGCAAACAUGGUGGCCACGUCUUCCCGUACGCACACGGACCAGACAUCGCGUCCGAGGAGGAACAAUAUGUCCACGACGGGCAUACCGACCUCGUCGCACUCGACAGCAAGGCCGGCGACGUCGACAGAACGCUCACGUCCGCUGACGGAACGUGA